ACUUCGACUCGUCACUCGACGUUGUCAGGUUGCGUUGCGUUGACGAUUCUCGAGCGUUUACGUUGACGAGCCUUGACUUCACAAAAGGCAAGAGAAAGUUCACGAGAGACGACGUUUCAAAGAGGAGCCUAGAGUUGAAACUAUCCUUCCUUUCGCCUUCGUUUGAGUUUAGUUUUUGAAGUUCAUUUCGAUUUUGAUUUCAAAGAAACUCGAACAAAGUUCGUUUCCUUUGCUCGUCCAGCGAAAAACUCAUCUCUCGCAUAAAAACAUCUUUCCAAAUCAUCGAAGAAAGAAAACCUUCUUUUUGCCAACCUACGAUUCGUAAAGUUCUACCACUUGCUUUUGACCUACCGGUACCGACCAUGGCCCCACUGCGAAAGGCAAAGAUUCUUCGACGCUCCCAAAGACUUGCCGCGAAGACUGGUACAAUCGAGCCCGUAAUCUUGAAGCGGAAGGCAGAAUCGAUCGAAGAGGACGUCGAAACAAAACCACCAACCAAACGUUUGAAACUAGACAAGUCACCAGCGGAACAGGUACCGGUAGAGGAAAUCACCACGGAACCGACCCACAGAAUCAUUGACGGACCGUUUGAGGGCUACCAAGUGAGAACGCGCGACAACGACAAUGAAGAAAGCGUUUUCGUCACUGUCGAAACUCUGAUCAACAGCCAUGUCAUAGCCCCCCCUUACCGACAAGUCAAGAUCGUGCAGCGGAGUCAGCUCGAAUCACUCGACCACGCGCAUAUGCUUCGGUUCGCCGAGAAUGUGGCGGACGACGACGAAGACUUAGAUGUCUUGAAGCAGGAGAGCAAACCUUGGGUUUGUCCCAAGUGCGAGGCCAACGUCCUUGAGGAGGACGCGUCUUGCAAAGCUCAAGUCGAUGGAGCGACCUGCGGAGGUAAAAGAAAGAUGCCCGAUGGUGGACCCAUCGGUUGGGGCGGCUGCUUCAUGCAGAUUCCCAAAACCUGGACGUGUCAGGAAUGCUCGCAACCCAAUCCAGUGGGCGCAAAUGUCUGUAGUGUCUGCCAAACGCCACAUGCCUGAAGAAGCCUUUGGGGCCUGUUACCGCGUUGUCCGCUCCUUCUGGCAUCCCCUUGUACACAUCAAUGGCAAGCGGGCCCGUGCCGAUCCUCUUCCAACCUGAGACGUUCAGCCAAUGCCCCUGGUUACUAUUGUAGCGUAACAUACUCACUAAACGAUUUAAGCAAAGACUGGUCUUGUCCCCCCUAAUAUAUUUAGCUAGCCAAGCGAACCUCCUAG